UCAAAUAUCCCAAUGGACUAAAAAACUAGGAUGAUAAAGGAUAGAAGAAAGCACAAGGCUCAAGAAGUUUUCCUUUUUCUUGUUCUUUUUUCCCUCUUAAUUAAAGGGGCGUAAGAAAAAGGAAAAAAAAGGUAGAGCUCGAAGGAAGGGUGCUGUGUGACAUAUCCAUUUGGCCUGCAAAACUUGACAAAAGAGAAUCUCUCUUUUCCUUUUCUUUUGUGGCUUUGAGAGCAACGACUCUUUCCCUUGUAGAAACUGCCAAUCCACUAGCUACCUAGCAUCUUUUUCUUAGUUAUUUUCGCUCUCUUAACCCCCAUAGUUUUUGUUCUUUGUGUAUAUGUGAGAGGGACCGAGGCACUUAAGAGUGAGACAGGAAUUCAUGGAAGAAGCAAACCAUGGAAAUACUGCAGAAGAUAUGGAAAUACAAUAUUGCAGUUCGAGAAUAAUGUCACCUGAGAUCGUGGAAAUGGUAGAAGAUAGCAAGAGUAUUGCCAGCAAUAACCGAGACGGAGGAAUUCAUGAUGUUUAUGUUGCUGUGGGAAAAGAUGAUCUGGAUGUGCUGAAAUGGGUUCUUGAUCAUGCAGUUCCCCCCGGUGCUCGGGUUUUUCUUGUCCAUGUUUUUCCUGCUAUUACCUACAUACCUACUCCUGUUGGAAGAUUAUCAAGGAGCCAAUUGAGCGCGGAACAGGUGAAGGUUUACAUAAAUGAAGAGCAUAACAGGAGGAGGAAUCUGUUGCAGAAAUAUAUCCGCUUGUGUAAUGAGGCAAAGGUCACGGUAGAAACAAUGCUUCUCGAGAGCAAUGCCACAGCCAAAGCAAUCCUUGAACUUAUUCCUAUCCUUAACAUUACCAACCUUGUCAUGGGAACCAAACGAUCGCCACAUUGCUCAAGGAGAUUGGGGAAAAAAAUGGCAAAAGGAGAAUUUGUAAAGAAGAAUGCACCAGAGUUUUGUGAGGUAAGCAUUAUUCAUGAAGGGAAGAAGGUAGUAGAAAGUCAAGAGAUAGAAGAACCAGCUUGUUCUACUGAUCUAGCAUCCAGUCCGGGGAGAGCAGAAAAUAACACCCACCAAUCUGACUGGAACUUCUUUGAGUGUGUGUGCUUUUCAGGCAAGCACCUCAAUCGAAAAUCAAAACCUUAGUUUGUAUGUGAAUGUAGUGGUAUUUGCAGAAGGUUACAAUUCAGAGCAGUACAUUGAUCAAUAGAAGUUACCAUACAUUCCACAAUAUCUGCACAAGCUGGACAUAUACAAGUUGCAUGCAUGCACAGGACAUGAAGCCAUUUAUUGUGUAUAUAUUAUACGUGAUACUCUAUAUGAUGAGGAUAAGAGUAGGUGGUAUAUAAGAUCCACGUUACUUA